UAGAAACUCAAGUAACAGCCAAGGACUGCGUGGUUGAGAAGGAAGACGAAGAGACACACAUUGUUUCACGGAUUAAGGUAUUCUCCCUUUCUGGGUCAAUUUAAGAAACAAUGUUUGUUCCCUUUGGCUCCGUCAUAAAACUUGGAUACACUGAAAAACAGUCAAGAAUCAUUUUCAUCUGCAAGAAACGGAUAUGAUUUUACCGUUGGAACUGUUGGCGUGAUUGGAUCAUGACACACUUCGAAAUGAAUUUGAUCGGGUUUUUGUUUUUCCCGACGAUAUUAUUUGAAACAUUUGUCCUUUCUAAUACUGUAUAUGAAAGAUCACUGGCGACGAUAUCUUCCUCUCGCUCUGUUGCCAGAAUGGACGGGGAUAUAGUUAUUGGGGCUCUUUUUUCUGUCCAUCACCAACCCCCGGCUGAAAAUGUCCCAGAGAGAAAAUGUGGAGAAGUGAGGGAACAGUACGGCAUUCAAAGGGUGGAGGCGAUGUUUCACACCUUGGACAGAAUCAACUCAGACCCUACUCUUUUACCAAAUAUUACUCUGGGCUGCGAAAUCAGGGACUCGUGCUGGCACUCAUCUGUGGCUCUGGAACAAAGUAUCGAAUUCAUAAGGGAUUCGCUGAUUUCAAUAAGGGAUGACAAAGACGGAUCCAGAUGGUGCAUUGAUGGGAUACCUUCUAAUCUUCCCCCAAGAACGAAGAAACCAAUCGCUGGUGUUAUUGGACCGGGCUCAAGUUCGGUGGCUAUACAAGUGCAAAAUUUGUUGCAGCUAUUCAACAUCCCCCAGAUAGCAUACUCUGCUACCAGUAUUGACCUAAGUGACAAAACGCUCUUCAAGUAUUUUCUACGAGUGGUGCCGUCCGAUAUUCUUCAAGCUAGAGCACUGUUGGACAUAGUCAAACGCUACAACUGGACAUAUGUGUCGGCUGUUCACACAGAAGGAAACUAUGGGGAGAGUGGAAUGGAGGCCUUCAAGGACCUUGCUGCAAUGGAAGGCCUCUGCAUUGCCCACUCUGACAAGAUUUACAGCAAUGCUGGAGAGAAGCACUUCGACAGGCUUCUGCGCAAGCUUCGUGAGAGGCUACCCAAAGCCAGAGUGGUGGUCUGCUUCUGCGAGGGCAUGACUGUGAGGGGGCUACUGAUGGCCAUGAGACGACUGGGUGUAGCUGGAGAGUUCCUGCUAAUUGGGAGCGACGGCUGGGCAGACCGAGAUGAAGUAAUCGAAGGAUAUGAACAGGAAGCAGUGGGCGGUAUCACCAUGAAGCUGCAGUCGGAAGAGGUCACCUCCUUUGACGAUUAUUACCUGAAACUCCGGCUCAACACCAAUACUAGGAAUCCGUGGUUUCCUGAAUUCUGGCAGCAUCGCUUUCAGUGCAGAAUCCCUGGACACCCUCUUGAGAAUCACAACUUCAAAAAAACAUGUACAGGUUGUGAGCCCAUACCUUUGCGGUAUCUUGAGUGGAGCAAUGCAGAGUCCAUAGCAGCAGUGGUGUUCUCCUGUCUGGGAAUCCUGGUCACCAUGUUUGUGACUUUCAUCUUUGUGCUAUACCGUGACACUCCAGUGGUCAAGUCUUCCAGCCGUGAGCUCUGCUACAUCAUCCUAGCUGGCAUCUUCCUGGGUUAUAUCUGCCCCUUCACUCUUAUUGCCAGGCCCACUGUGGCAUCAUGUUACCUUCAGCGGCUCCUAGUGGGGCUGUCUUCAGCCAUGUGCUACUCAGCUCUGGUCACAAAAACCAACAGGAUUGCACGGAUCCUAGCUGGCAGCAAGAAGAAGAUUUGCACCAGGAAACCCAGAUUCAUGAGCGCCUGGGCCCAAGUUGUGAUUGCUUCCAUCUUAAUCAGUGUUCAGCUAACUUUGGAGAUCACCCUCAUAAUUAUGGAGCCUCCUGAACCUAUCAAGUCCUAUCCCAGCAUCAGGGAGGUCUACUUGAUAUGCAACACCAGCAACCUUGGGAUGGUGGCCCCUCUAGGGUACAAUGGACUGCUCAUAAUGAGCUGCACCUAUUAUGCUUUCAAGACCAGGAAUGUCCCUGCAAACUUCAACGAGGCAAAAUAUAUAGCUUUCACUAUGUACACCACCUGCAUUAUAUGGCUGGCCUUUGUACCUAUUUAUUUUGGCAGCAACUACAAAAUAAUUACCACAUCCUUCUCAGUGAGCCUGAGCGUGACAGUGGCCCUGGGGUGCAUGUUCACCCCAAAGAUGUACAUAAUCAUAGCCAAACCUGAAAGGAAUGUCCGCAGCGCGUUUACCACUUCAGACGUUGUACGCAUGCAUGUAGGUGAUGGGAAAAUAGCCUGCAGGAGCAACAGCCUGCUAAAUAUGUUCAGAAGGAAGAAACCUGCUACAGGAAAUGCCAAUUCUAAUGGAAAGUCUGUGUCAUGGUCUGAACCAGGUGCAAGACAGCCACCGAAGGGGCAGCACAUGUGGCACAGAUUGUCUGUCCAUGUGAAGAGACAGGAGGCAGGGUCGAAUCAGAUGGCAGUCAUCAAACCCCUAACUAAAACCUACCAGAACAAGAGCCUCAACUUCUCGGACCUCAGCACCAAGACUUUGUACAAUGUGGCCGAAGAAGAUGAGAGCGACUCCAUCAGGUACAACCGGCCUGUUAGCCCUUCCAUGAUGGUACACAGGCGAAUGCCUGCAACAGGCCCAAUGAAAGAAAAUGAAGAAUCUCAAAUGUACUCGCCAGAGCACAUGCACAAUAGUGUCCUGCCCCCGCAGCUGAUAAUGGAUCAGCUCCAAGAUGUAGUUGGCAAGUUCACUCCCAGCAUUCAGGAUCUGAAUUCCAUGAUCACUCUUCCAGGCCCAGGCAAUGGUGUGAGGCCCAUCUAUCAGCCUCAUCUCAUGCAACAACAAGUCCUUCCUCUCCAGAUGGACACGUUCAGUGAGGAGCCUGUUUCCCCAAUUGAGGAGGUUGAAAGUGAGCAGUUUAACCUUAUCCAUGGGUACAUGUACGACAAUGCCGAGAUCCAUGAAGAAGAGGACCUUGUUCCAACCAAACUAACUCUGGAGGAUUCUCCAGCACUUACACCACCCUCUCCUUUUAGAGAUUCUGUAGGUUCUGGCAGCUCUGUUCCCAGCUCACCUGUGUCCGAAUCUGUGCUGUGCACCCCGCCAAAUGUUACAUAUGCAUCUGUUAUCCUGAGAGACUAUAAGCAAAGCUCUUCAACGCUGUGAGGCAAAAAAUAAAAUUAAGAUCAUUAAAUAACUGACUACUUCUGUAGUUUUGAACAAUGCUAGCCAGAGCAAAAAAUCAGAAGCAAAUGGAAUGUCCAGUAGUAAGUAGUUUUCAAGGACUGUGUGCCUGCUUUGGUAAAUUUCAAAAUGUAGGAACAAAGACACUGUUUAGUCUGCAUAACAAGGAGAUAAAUAAAAAGCACAAGAGAAGUUAAAAAAUAUAUGGGUAGUUUUGUGAUUUUUUGUAUUAUGAUAUUAAAGACAGAUGAGGGGAGCUUUCAUAAGCAAUUAGCUCUUCCUCAUUCUGAAGUCCCAUGGGGCAGAUCAUUGAGAAUUAAGUACAGCUUUUCAGGUGAUGAAAAUCACAAAAGACCACUUUAUGUGCAGAUUCUAGCUUGUAGUUACGAUAUAUGGAAGGUAUCUGUACAAAAGGUAUUGUACAAAACAUGCAUUUUAAGGACUGUGACACUUUUUCAUGCCAUUUGGCCUCAAAUCAAAGCAAACAUUUAUCAUAUACAAUCUCAUUUCCUUCAACAACAACAAUGUUUUAUAUAUUUUGUGUUAAAAAUCAUAAGUAUCCAUUUUACAUUAUCUGUGGUUAAUAUUUUUAGAUUCUAUCCUCAUUUCUGUAUCCUUGCUUUAAGAGACUGCUUCAGAUAACCAGCUGGAAAGACAGGUUUAAAAGUAUUAAAACUGACUGAAAUCAAUCCCUUACAUGACAAAAACAUGGAAACAAGAAUUAAUAUUACAUUAGAUGACUAUAAUACAGAAUAUAAUAAAAAAUAUAAGAGGUUAAUAAGAAAUGAGCUUGUUUGUUUCUGCUUUACAAUAAAAAGAUGAGCAAGACUGGUUGAAUGCCAGGAGUUUGUGAUUAAAAAAAUGAACAUAUACAGUACAUUCGCUAUUAAUAUUUUCUUGUUCCUGAUGUUUUUAUGUCAUUGUAAUGAUUUGGGAUUUGCAAAGUUUGUAAUUUGUCAAAUCUUGUUCUUUUCAUAAAGAGAUGCUAUGUUUGUAAACAUGUAAUUGCUUAUAUAUUUUAAAAAUGUGAAGUAUCUAUAAUCUGGAAAUUGUCUUACCAAUGUUUUGUGGAGAAAGUAUAUGUUUGCAUUAAAUUUGGGUAACUUUUCAGAGAAUACAUUUACAAGUCAGUAUUAAAAUCUUUUAAAAGCUAUAGGUUUAAGGUACAUCAGUUUGUAGUUGCUUCUAGUAAUAAGGCGUUGCAGUUAAGAUCUUGCUGAGAAUGAUCUACUCAUAUGAACAAUUUACAGCUGUAAUUAUUGGAUUCUAAGUUAGUAGCUUAGUAUUAGACUGCAUCUGUCCAACAUAUAAAUACAUAAUUAUAAUGGAUAGUAUUAUUGUUAUGAUGAAUUGAUAUAGUUUACUCAGUGUAUGUAGUUUGAAAAUAAUAUUCAGUUUAAGUCAUAGAAAAAAAACUCCUAUUUGAAAUGGUCAGGACUACUAUUGGGGGAAAUUACUUUUUUGUCAAGAUAAUCUUAAUAAUGAUGUAAAAUAAAUAUUUUCUAGUUAAAA